AUGCUCAUGAAUAGCAACACACAAAACGGCGGCAUCCAAGAAACACAAGAAACCAUGGCCGGCCCAGACUCCCUGAAAAAGGUCCCGAGCACCGACGAAAACGCCCGGGGCGAGCACGUCGAGGACUUCGUCGACGACGUCGAGAUCAGCCUCACGCCGGCCGAGGACGUGUCGUACGGCCGCACCGGCUUCCGCGGCCUCGCCGACUCGCCGUACGUCGGCGGCGCCGCCCUGCUGGCCUCGCUUGGCGGCUUCUCCUUCGGCUACGACCAGGGCGUCAUCUCCAUCAUCAACGUCAUGGACCAGUUCCACGCCGUCUUCCCGCAGGCCGCCACCCCCUUCGGCAAGGGCUUCAUGACCGGCAUGCUCGAGUUCGGCGCCUUCCUCGGCUGCCUGUUCAUGCCGACGCUCGCCGACAGGAUCUCGCGCAAGAGGGCGCUGGCCGUCGUCGUCGUCAUCUUCAACGUCGGCGCCAUCAUGCAGACGGCCGCCCGCUCGUACGGGGUCCUGGUCGCCGGCCGGACCAUUGGAGGAAUCGGCGUCGGCACGCUGGCCAUGGGCUCGCCCAUCUACAUCUCGGAAAUCGCCCCGCCCAACCUGCGAGGCACGCUGCUCGUCCUCGAGUCCGUCUCCAUCGUCCUCGGCGUCGUCAUCUCCUUCUUCAUCACCUACGGCACGCGCCACAUGGCCAGCGAGGCCUCGUUCCGCCUGCCCCUCGGCCUGCAGAUGGUCUGCUCGACCCUGCUCGGCAUCGGCAUCUUCUUCUACCCCUACUCCCCGCGCUGGCUCGCCCUCGUCAACCGGCCCCAGGAAGCCCUCCAGUCCCUCGUCCGCCUCCGCCGCCUGCCCGCCGACGACCACCGCGUCCAGGCCGAGCACAGGGGCAUCGUCACCGAGGUCGAGGUCAUGAAGAUCAUGCAGGAGAAGCACCACCCGGGCAAGAAGGGCCUGAUGCUCGAGGUCGCCGGGUGGCUCGACCUGUUCUCCCCGAAGCUCUGGCGCAGGACCGCCGUCGCCGUCGGCAUCGCCUUCUUCCAGCAGUUCAGCGGCAUCAACGCCUUCAUCUACUACGCCCCGACGCUCUUCGAGUCCCUCGGCCAGACCUCCGAGAUGGCCCUCGUCAUGUCCGGCGUCUUCAACGUCCUGCAGCUGGUCGCCGUCUGCGCGUGCUUCUUCAUCAUCGACAAGCUCGGCCGCCGGCCCCUCGCCAUCCUCGGCGGCAUCGGCGGCGGCACCGCCUGGGGCAUCAUGGCCAUCCUCACGGGCGUCUACUCCAAGGACUGGGCCGCCAACCCGGCCGCCGGCUGGGCCGCCGUCGCCAUGGCCUUCAUCUUCGUCCUCCUCUACGGCAUCUCCUACUCGCCCCUCGGCUGGGCCCUGCCGGCCGAGGUCUACCCCAACUCGCACCGGUCCAAGGGCGUGGCGGCCGGCACGGCGACCGUGUGGCUCUGCAACUUCAUCGUCGGCGUCGCCACGCCGCCGAUGCUGGACAAGCUCGGAUUCGGCACGUACGUCUUCUUCGGCGCCUGGUGCUUCGUCGCCUCCGUCUGGGCCUACUUCCUCGUCCCGGAGACCAAGGGCAAGACGCUCGAGCAGAUGGACGAGGUGUUCAAGGACACGACGGCGCAGGAGGAGAAGGAGAUCAUCAAGCAGCAGAUCCUCGCGCGGCGCGGGCUGCAGCCGCAGGGCGGCGCUGGUGGGGAGGGCGCCAAGUACUCUGUCUGA